AUGUCCGACAAAGUCAUCGCAAAGCCCUCCUCAGGCUGCUGCCUGCGUGGCACAAUCCACGAAGGCGAAGCCAAAGGCCGCAUCGAGAAGAUCGUCGAUGUGGAGACUUACAUCGCCGAACCGUCAGCGGAGAAUGCGAAUGGUAAUAUUGUGUUGUUCUUCCCGGAUGUGUUCGGACUGUGGAUCAAUAACAAUCUUCUGGUCGAUGCGUUUGCUGCUGCUGGGUAUUUGACUCUGGCGCCGGAUUAUUUCAGAGGUGAUCCUGUCUGGAAGCAUAAGAAAGAUCUAAGUGAUACGAACGACAAUCCAGAUUUUGAUUUUCCUGGCUGGUUGGCGAAGCAUCGGGCGUUUUCGGAUCCGUUUGUGCCGAAGUUCGUUGAGGAGGUUAAGUCGAAGUAUGGUAAGAGUGACACUAAGUAUACUUGUGUUGGAUACUGCUACGGCGCUCCAUACGUGAUGGACCAGCUCUCCGACAAGGGCAUCUGCUCAGCUGGCGCAUUCGCGCAUCCAGCAUUCCUUAAGGAAUCGCAUUUCGAGAAUUUGACGAAGCCGCUUUUCCUGUCGUGUUCAGAGAUCGACCAGACCUUCCCGAAAGAGUUCCGCCGCAGAGCAAUUGACAUUAUGGACGAGCACAAGAAGCGCUACUCCCUGCAGCUCUUCCAAGAAGUCUCGCACGGCUUCGCGCUGCGUGCUGAUCUAAGUGAUGACUGGCAGAAACACUGCAAGGAGAUGAGCUUUCAGGGCAUCCAAGAGUGGUUCGACUGGUGGUCAGCUAAGAAGUGA